AUGAAGUUUAAAGCCAGUUUGUGCAUAUCUGCUGCAGCCGUGUCUCUGGCUCUGCUGCUGCUACACAGCUGUGAUAACACUAAAGUGUGGAUUAGACUAUUCUUUGGCUAUCCAACAAGAACUAGAGAAGAGCAACUUUUCAAGCUGGAUGUUGGGUGGCCAAGAGAUCCCAGCCUUUUCACCGGCACUCCCUAUGAUGUUGCUGUGGAUCACCAGAACUCAUUGGUUUAUGUUGCUCAGAGAGGGGACAAUGUAUCCAAGGUUCUGGUGUUCACAGAGGAAGGAUACUUUAAGGAAUCCUGGAAUACCAACACACUUGAGAUGCCCCAUGGUAUUUUUGCAGCAAUUAAUCAGAAUGAACAAUCUAUAUGGAUAACGGAUGUUGGCCAAGGACAAUAUGGGCAUACAAUAAAACAGUAUUCACUGUCUGGAAAGCUCCUUACAGUCCUUGGUACCCCAGGCAUAGCGGGGUCAAGUCUGAGUCCGCUCCAGUUUGAUCAACCUGCAGAUAUUUUCGUUAAAACAAACGGAGACGUGUAUAUAGUGGAUGGUGACGGCGGGCUUAACAAUAGACUUCUUAUGCUUACUAAAGAGUUCAAUGUUCAGUGGACAUUGGGAGGUAAUGGAACAAAGCCUGGUGAAUUCUAUAUUCCUCAUUGUGUAGCAGUGGACGAAUAUGGACGUGUUUGGGUUGCUGAUCGGGGCAAUAAAAGAAUACAGGUAUUUGAUAGCAUCACUGGGGAAUGGAUUGGAACCUGGGACACCUGUUUCUCCGAAGACGGGCCCUACUCAGUCAGGGUAACAGGGGACAGAAAGUAUAUAGUCGUGGCCCAGCUGAACAUAAGCCGCCUGCUGUUUUUGUCCUUCCCACCUAUAGGACACAUCGGACAUUGCCAAGUGGCCAGCACAAUCCAAAUGGCUGACGGCGUCCGGCCUCAUCUGGUAGAUGUCAGUCUAAUGACUGGUUCAGUUUAUGUGGCAGAACUUGGUGCUCAGCAAGUAAAGUACAAAGAUAUGUUCAUGUAU